UCUUCCCCCGGCUCAGCGGCGGCUGAGGGACUUCGCCCGAGCCAUGGAGACCGAGGAGGCGGCGCGGGUCGGAAGCCUCAACUGGGAGCGGGGCUGGUACUUGUCGGCCCAGGAGCUGGAGGAGGGCGCCCCGCUGCUCUCGCCCGAGCCCCCCGGCGGCAGGAGAACAUUGAAUCAAGCGUCAUCUUUUGGGUUCUCCGUGCUUAAUCUAAUGAACGCUAUCAUGGGAAGUGGAAUUCUUGGAUUAGCGUACGCCAUGGCCAAGACAGGAAUUAUUGGAUUUAGUGUGCUGUUGCUGAUCGUUGCCGUUCUUGCAGCUUACUCUGUGUUUUUGCUGCUUAGUCUGUGCAUUCACACCGCUGUCACUUCUUAUGAAGAUCUUGGCCUUUUUGCAUUUGGCUUACCCGGAAAGGUUCUUGUGGCCUGCACAAUCGUCGUUCAGAAUAUCGGAGCCAUGUCAUCCUACCUCUUCAUUGUCAAGUCCGAACUUCCUGGCGCCAUUGCAGGGCUUCUGAACAGAGACCCCAGCAGCGCCUGGUAUCUUGAUGGGCAAUUGCUCCUCCUAAUUACCUCCAUCUGCAUCAUCUUCCCUCUAGCUCUUCUUCCCAAAAUUGGCUUUCUUGGCUACACAAGUAGUUUAUCAUUUUUCUUUAUGGUGUACUUUGCUCUUGUGAUCGUAAUUAAAAAGUGGUCCGUUCCUUGCCCUCCAAUGCAAAAUUUUGUUGCGGAGUACUUUCAGGUUUCAAAUUCUACCGAAGAUUGUAAACCAGCACUCUUCAACUUUUCUAAGGAGAGUGCAUACGUGAUCCCAAUUAUGGCUUUCUCUUUUUUGUGCCACACAUCAGUUUUACCAAUUUAUUGUGAGCUCCAGAGUCCGUCCAAAAGCAGGAUGCAGAAGGUUGCCAACACAGGAAUUGGUCUGAGUUUUCUAGUUUAUCUUUUGUCUGCGUUAUUUGGAUAUCUCACUUUUUAUGACCGUGUGGAUUCAGAAUUGCUGCAAGGGUACAGCAAGUACCUGCCCCACGACACUGUCAUAAUGACUGUAAAAAUAGGCAUCCUUUUGGCUGUGCUGUUGACGGUGCCCCUAAUCCAUUUCCCUGCAAGGAAGGCAGUAAUGAUGGUCUUUUUUUCCCAUCUUCCUUUCUCCGUGACCCGCCACAUUUUUGUCACUUUGGCUCUCAAUGCAACCGUCGUCUUGCUUGCAGUGUAUGUGCCAGACAUCAAGCAUCUGUUCGGAGUUGUCGGUUCAACCACAUCGACGUGCUUGCUCUUUGUCUAUCCUGGGCUGUUUUAUCUUAAACUCAGCAUGGAGGAUUUCAUAUCGCGGCAGAAACUUGGGGCUUGCGCACUACUCGUUUUUGGCCUCUUGGUUGGUCUUCUCAGUUUAGUGCUAAUAAUUUACGAUUGGGUUAAACAGUGAAAGAAUUCCUUCCUCUGGGAAGCACAAACUACACUUCCAGGACAGCCGCUGAAAUGAAUGUUUCCCGUGAUGUGUCAAGAUAAAUUAUUCAAUCAAAUGUUGGAAGAAGCCUUCGCGGAACUAUGAACACUAUACCAGCGAGUCGGUUCUUUUCAUCUACUGUAGCACAAUCCUUGCCCUUCAGCAGAGUUGGGGAGGAACUAGAUAGUCCAAGAGGCACAGAGCUGUUGGCUUCUCUGUCUCAUUCUCCAGUAACUUGUAAUGAAAUUAAAUCUGUGGCAUGGGAGUGAUCAUACUCAGAGCUUUCAUGCUCUACAAGCAGCAGCAGUCAGUUAAGUAGGAGGUAGGAAGAGACUCAGAGCUACUGAUUUUGACGGUAGCCACGUGUCUUUCAUAUUAUUUAGUUCCCGCUGAAUGUGCCUUAAUGGAACUGAAAAGGGAUUUCUCAUACGAAGAAGAGGAACUUGCUUUUACCAAACAAUGAUAGUUUUGUGAACUGUUUCCCAGGUCACGUUUCUAGUGCCAAAAUGCUGCACAGGUUACAGCUGAAAUCCAGCAGAGCAGGCCAGUCUUCUGCGACCAUCCAGUUGAAAGCCCAAAUCUUUUUACACCUGCUACUGCCUGUUUCAAAGCAACAGCUUGCGAAGUAUCUCCAGCUUCUUUCCCCCACAGAGUGGUUAAAUCUGCAAAUUGAAACCAGGCCCGUUGUCCAAGAUUGAUUCAAGACUGCCAUCCGAGGCGAUUUACAGUUUAAUGGAGAAGUUUAAAAAUGACAAGAUCACUCCGUCUGCUGGUGUGCCUUUGCUUUGUAACUGAACUGUAAAAUAUGCAUAGCUUCAUCAUUCAGUGCCCUUGAAGAUAAGGUCAUUGAGACGAAGUAAAAUAAAAUUCUGUUCCUUUCAA